AGAUAGCGCCAGGUUUGACAUAUUUGAUACUUAAUAAACAGCUGACGUAAACCAAUUUUCAAAUUAAUACUCCAAUACUCAAAAGAGGAGUUUUAGAGAAUCUUUACGCCUUCCAAAAUAUACGGGAAACAAACCUUGAACUUUGUAUAUACCAAGUUAUAGAAAUAUUAGUCGAUGGUACUUUGAAAAAGCAUUUUGUCACAAGAUAUACUUGACUUAUAUUUUUCUUGUGUUCUUCAUCUUUUAGUUAAUAAACAUGUAUUUCCAACGGAAUAAAGAAAUUUAAAUGUUUUAAAACAAAAUAUCAAUUUUUUUUUUACAUGUUUACAAUCGUCUAAGUCAAUCUUUACAACAAGACAAUAAUAAAUAAAUAAAAAAACAACAAAAUAAACAAAACCGUAAUGCUAAAACAAGCUAAGCAAGGUUUAAUAAUUCUUGGCGUUUUUAUUUACAAACCAAGUUGACAAGCAAAUCUUGAAUAUGUCAAAACAUUGAAUGUUAUUUUAGUUUUACAUGCAAACUCUAUAAAUAAGAAAAGUUGGUAAUUGAAAUCCAUUUCUUGGAUCAACUUUGUCUCCUUGUUAGCAUUGGACUUAAAAUGGAAACAGCGUUUUAUUACUUUCUGCUGCUACUUACUGUAAAAGAAAACUGGGGACGAUCAAUUCCUGAUCAUGAAACAAAAUGGGAAAAACAAUAUGCGAUAGAAAUAAAGUUAAAUAUAUUAAAGCAGCUCCAAAUGUUUGAAAGUCCAAAACAGAGCAAUAUUACUCAAAUAUAUCCGCAGUCAUUAAAAGAAAGAUUAUUUGAUGACGAACAAGAAGAAGUAACUCAACUCAUAUUUUUAGCAAAAAUAGAUCAACAAUACCCGUCUCCACAGAUUACCGUUAUCGAAGAACAUAGUCCUAUCGAACCGGAUUCUAUAAUAACAUUAGCUAAAAUGUCAGUUUUUAUAACACCAACCAUAGGAGAUUCAGACUUCUUUCCUAUUUUAAUAAAAGAAAAUAACAUUUUAAUAUCAAGUGUAUCUAUAUCAAAAGAGCAUGUUGGCUGGAUUGACAUUGAUAUUACUGUAGCAUUUCAAAAGUGGGCUAAAUACCCUAAAAACGGUUUAAAAUCGCUUUCUUUGUUUUGCAGUAGUUGUAACAACCAGCAUAUUAAUAUAUCCAGUGAAAAGCAACACACUCCUUAUUUUCUUGUACAUGUCAUAAAAAGAAAAUUACCACGGCAACGAAGAAACUUCUGGACGUGCAACGAAGAUGCCAGUUGCUGUUCGCGUCCUUUUUAUGUCAGUUUUCAAGAUUUAAAAUGGAAUUGGGUGCUGUCACCAAAAGGAUUUUGGACAAAUAAAUGUAUGGGUAAAUGUAAGGAUGGAAAUUUAAAUAACAGUGGUUGUUGUGCUCCAAAAUCAUUUGGUUCAAUAACAAUGUUUUAUCACAACGGUGAUUAUAUUUUGUAUGGUAAAAAAAUUGAAAAUAUCGUAACAAAGGACUGCGGCUGUCUUUAAUAAAAUGAAAUAACAAUGAUGAUAAACAAGAUGUUUUUAAAGAUUCAUAUUUUGACAAAUACUAUAUCCAUAUACACAUCGAUUAUACGCUUGCAUUCACACAUCCAUUAAAAAGUUGCAUCUUAAAGAAAGUAGAUUUCAAAAGUUCUGAAUAAAUGUUUUAUUUGAACUAUAAAUAUAUUUAUAAAUGUAAGCAUUAAUAAUUUAUCUUUACAAAGAAUAUGAUUUUUACUUUAUUUGGUAAGUGUAAAACUAAUAUUAGCAAAGAAUGACAUGACUAAUUUCAA